UUAAUCGUCCUAUAAUCGUUGUGAUGAACGAAUGAUUCAUUCAUGAUGAUAGGGUUAAGAAAACACAAAUUAAGAAGACCUGCAUUGGUCAUUGCAUUGGCUUCUGUGGCGUGCUUUGUUAUGAUUAUAACCGCUUACAUUUAUAGUACACCAACGAGAACAGGUUCCGAUAAAUGCAACUUCUAUUCCUCUGAAGGUUGUCGUACACGUGAUCUAUUUCCAAAUGAUUUUUCAAGGGAAUUAACUGAUAAAGAGAUUGAAUCUCGUGUUGUUGUUAAGGAUUUACUCAACUAUGUUCCUAUUCAAACUAAUACACCUAAGGUUGCUUUUUUGUUCAUGACUCCUGGUACAUUGCCUUUUGAGAAACUCUGGCACUUGUUCUUUCAAGGGCAUGAUGGCAGAUUUUCAAUUUAUGUACAUGCAUCCAGGGAAAAACCAGUACAUUUCAGCAGAUACUUUGUUGGUCGAGAAAUUCACAGUGAACCGGUGAGUUGGGGGAGUUUUGCAAUGAUGGAAGCAGAAAGAAGGCUUCUGGCAAAUGCACUUUUAGACCCUGAUAACCAACAUUUUGUCUUGCUAUCUGAAAGUUGUAUACCUAUACGUCACUUUGAAUUCGUGUACAACUAUUUAGUGUUUACAAAUGUUAGCUUCAUUGAAUGCUUUGUUGAUCCUGGCCCUCAUGGUAACGGCCGAUAUAUAGAGCAUAUGUUGCCUGAAGUAGAAAUGAAGGAUUUUCGGAAGGGUUCACAGUGGUUCUCAAUGAAGCGGCAGCAUGCUGUUAUAGUCAUCGCAGACAACCUUUAUUUCACAAAAUUCAAGUAUUACUGCAGGCCAAAUAUGGAGGGAGGACGCAACUGCUACUCGGAUGAGCAUUACUUACCAACAUAUUUUAAUAUGCUUGAUCCAGGUGGAAUUUCAAACAGGUCGGUAACAUAUGUUGAUUGGUCUGAAGGAAAAUGGCAUCCUAGAUCAUUCGGUGCUCAACAUAUUACAUAUAAACUCCUCAAAACCUUGACAUCCCUUAAUCAAAGUCCACAUAUUACAAGUGAUUCAAAGAGAACAGUGUUGAUCACUCCUUGCAUGUGGAAUGGGUCAAAAAGACCUUGUUAUUUAUUUGCCAGGAAGUUUUAUCCAGAAGCCUUGGAUAAAUUGAUGUAUCUUUUCGCUAAUUCAACUGUUUCUUUUGGAAAUUAACAUCAUAUGAUUAUGAUCUUUAGCCUCACCUUGGCUCUUGCACAUAACAUUUUUGAUAAUUUGGUGAAGUCCCACAAUUCAGAGGCAAUUAGAUAAAAUUUUAUGGGGAGACAAAGAAACUGAUUCAUUCAAACAUUUUUCUUGGCUGGGCCUUGACAAAACUGCUCUACUAGCUUUCCUAGAAAGAUGGAUAGUUUGCAGUUUCUAUUUUACAUUGUUGUGAUUAUUUGUUUAGCAACACUGUGGAUUUUUCUGUUAGAUGAAAAAAUCUGGUGCCCUUGAUAGAGGCAUGGAAAAGAGUUGGACAUUUUAAAUUUUACUC